CUCACUCCAUUAUCAUUCAUAGCUUGCUUACUUCUCUUCCCUGGUGAUGACUCAUGCUUUUUAGCUUCAUUUUUUCUGUCAAAAUCUCUGGCCAUCAUGAACUUCAAUUGAUUCUUCAUUGUUCGUCAUAUUGCAUGAACAUUGUUUGCUCAAUUAUCAUUGCGUAAACUUUUGUACUUGGUUGAAGGAUUCUUCCAAAUGGGUUCAGGAAAUUGGUUCAAGGCCAUAGUUGGUCUCAAGAAAGCGAAGGACAAGCGGUCCAAGCAAGCAAAGGUACACUCGGCUAACAAGAAGUCAAAUGAGUUGAACUCGAGUCAUGUUAUGAACUCGAGUCAUCUUACCGGGCCAGAUUCAUCGAGUAGCCCAGUGGAUGGAGCGUCCGGCAGUGAAAAGGCGGCUGUUCUUCGCCGGCUGGUGGAGGAAAUUGCGGCUAUGCGCAUUCAAGCUGCGUUUCGGGCACACGUGGAAAGACGAGCUGUGCAGAGUCUGAAGGGGGCUGUGAAAUUUCAGGGUAUGAUAGAAGCUCACACUGCUAGAAAGCAGGCAUCUGCCACGCUGAGCCACAUCCAUUUUUGGAGCAACAUACAGGCUCAGAUUCGAGCCCGCCGCAUGUGCAUGGUCACCGAGGGCCAAUUAAGGCAAAAGAAGCUUGAAAAUCAGCUCAAACUGGAGGCAAAGCUUCGUCAGAUCGAGGAGGAAUGGUGUGGGGGAGCAGAAACAAUGGAGGAAAUCAUCUCCAGGAUACACCAGAGAGAAGAAGCAGCCGUAAAGCGCGAGCGAGCCAUGGCUUAUGCUUUCUCCCACCAGUGGAGGGCCAACUCCGGCCAGUACUUUGGCCAGGCCUAUUACGAUCUCGGCAAAGAAAGCUGGGGGUGGAGCUGGAAGGAGCGGUGGAUAGCUGUUCGCCCAUGGGAGACCCGGGUUCACGCCCAGCCUAUCGCCUCAAACAAGGCUCGAAACAAGAGCUGGAGGAAGGGGGCAAAAUCUACAGACCCACAAGUCACGAAAAUCCUGGUUUCAGUUCAACCCAAUUCGUCUAAUGGGGGAGCAACUACCAAGCAAGCUCCCACACUCUGUUGAAGCAAAAGACGAGCAUAUGAGAACAGCGUUUUAACGGUGGCUAUUGUGUUUUAUUUAUUGUUCAUGUUCUAUACAAAGAAAGAUUGUUUCAUAUGUUGUGAACUGCCUGCACAAUAAAAGCCAGUCACCAUACUGGGGGACUGUAAAUUGUUUGUUCUUCAUACUCAAUUCCACAGAAUGACAGAAUUCACUGCUUGUGUGGUAUCCAACAUAUAAUAACAUCGGAAC